GGUCCAACAUUGAUAAGCGUUUCUCUCACUGACCGUCAGUCACACCGAGUCCCAAAAACCGGCGGAGCUCACCCGGCUAACGACCAGUCCGAGCAUCUCCGGUGGGUGCGGGCCGCCGGGCGUGUCUGCGUUCUGCUGAUGGGGAUUCCGGUUCUUCCAGUCUCUCGUUCUGGUUUAAACCGCAGCUGGUCUGAGUCCGAGUCAGUCUGAGCAGCAGCAGCAGCAGGAUGGCCUCCAACACUGCCACCAUGGGGAACCUCCCCAGCGGGGUCGGAAUAUGCACGACCAUCCCCGACAUCCUCUACCUACCAGAACUGAUCUUCGGCGGACUGGUGUGGAUCCUGGUGGCGUGCACGCUCGUGGUGCCGCAGAACCCUCAGGGCUGGGUCAUGUUUGUCUCCGUCUUCUGCUUCGUCAUGACUUUCAUCUGGCUGCUGAUCUUCGCCUGCGGGGGGCAUCACAACAAGGGCAGCUGGGCCGCAGCAGACUUUGCGUAUCACGGCAUCGCUGCCUUCUUCUACCUCAGUGCUUCGGUGGCUUUGGCCAAAGUGACCCUGGACAUGAAAGACGGGACCAGCUUCCAAAACUACCAGCUGGACAUCUCUGCAGUGGUUUUCUCAUACGUGGCGACUCUCCUCUACUUCAUUCACACCAUCUUGUCUGCCAUCCGAUGGAAAUCCUUCUAGAAGUUUCUGCCCUGUAGAGUCCCAUGGGCGACACCGGGGGCACAAAACUGAUUUUUAUCCUCAUACAUUACGAUGUGACAUGAAGGGAGGGCUGACAGUGAUGGAGGCUCUCAGGGUGCAGUUUGGGCUUUUAUCUCUACUGGAGCAGGAAGCUGUGGAGCAACAUCUGGUCCAGCACAACAUCUCAGAGUGUCCAGCGCUCUGAAGCAGGACGUGAGCUGAGACUUUACUGCCAGCCGACCCCCACGGUUCAUGUCACAGACCUGCUUCAUCUCUUCUGCUAAUGGAUCCACAGAAAACCUCCAGACAUUCACACAGUAACUGUCUCCAGAAGUGACGGAGAGCGCAAUAAAAUGCAGAAUGCACAUGUGGACAGAAAAAUAAUCCUGUCUUUGAACCGUUUGUCGGGUAAAAGCAAGAGAUUUACAGAAUGACGUAGACAGCUGUGUAAGACGAUAAAUCUUCACAAUUAAUGUGGAAGAAAUAUUUUAUAUCCUUCAAAUAAGUAAAUGUACGAACACCAUGAUCUGCAAACACUCCAUUGCAAUUUCUAAUUAAUUAAAAGUUUUAUCAGGAGAAUUGACUCACAGUAUUGAACAUAAAUUUCGUCAGUUUGCAGAGAACUUAGAUGUAAUAUCUUGAAUUACUUUGCAUACAGUUGGAUUUUCCCCAAACAGACCUCUGCAAAAGUCCACCAGAUAGAUGGGGGGGUCAUCAUCAGAGGGAAUAACAGAGAACAGUUCGAUUUGGUGUGAAAACCUGAACCUGUUAUUGGAAAGAAAUCACGGAAAAGAGUUGAGGAGAAACUGCUGACACCUCAUCAAACAUCUGCAAUCAAAGAAACACAACGCUAUGGUUUGAUGUUCUGAUUGUGGUUGUUUUUAUAUUUUUUUUAUAAAUUUAUCAACAUUAUCAAAUAGAAGAAAGUAGAAUUUUUAAAUCGUGGAUCAGAAUUCAACCAGGAUGUAAAUGAUGCUUUAUUUUUUCUUUUGUAAUGUAAGCCUAACUGUCAGCUGCAUUUUUGUAAUUUUUUUGAAAUGAGUGAAUUCAUUGAAUAUGAAUAAAUGCGUCUGUUUUGA